UGAGCAUUGGGAAUCAUACCUUGGUAGUACGGGUAUAUUGAACUUCCAGGCAAAUUCCGGCCUCUUCAGAGCCACAUAUUUCAUUUAUUUUGCUGACUUCCACCACCGCCCGUGGAACGACACCCUUAGAACAAUUUCUCAUGCUCAGCUUUGUGGGUUCUUUGUCUUUUGGAGCUGUGCAGCGGAUGUGACGCCUAUACCAAAGAUCAAGCUUCUCCUUUUCUUGCCCGCAAUGUCCCCGCCGGAGAAUCAAGCUGCGUGGCUUUACGGGGUGGAUGAUCUGCGGAUCCUCCCGUUCACACUUCCUGACUUGGGUGCGAAAGAUGUGCGCGUGCGGGUUAAGGCGGUGGGAAUCUGCGGAAGCGAUGUACACUACUUGAAGAAGAUGGAGUGCGCUGGUUUUGUGGUUGAAUCUCCAAUGGUCAUCGGUCAUGAAAGUGCCGGCAUUGUUUCCGAAGUGGGGACAUCUGUGAAACACCUGAAGGUUGGCGAUCGUGUUGCCAUGGAGCCCGGCAUCGCUUGCAACACCUGCACAGCCUGCAAAGAAGGCCGCUACAACCUCUGCGAAGAAAUGAAGUUCUUUGCAACCCCGCCCGUACACGGAUCUCUGGCAAACGAGGUGAUCCAUCCCGCAGACCUAUGCUUCAAGCUCCCAGACUCCGUCUCCCUGGAAGACGGCGCCAUGUGCGAGCCGCUGAGCGUCGCCGUGCACGCUUGCCGACGUGCCGAGAUCGCCCCCGGCAAAUCCAUUGCGGUCAUGGGGGCCGGUCCGAUCGGCUUGGUCUCGUUGCUGGUCGCAAAAGCGUUUGGGGCGUCCAAGAUCGCAGUGACGGACGUCGAUGACAGCCGGCUCGCUAUGGCUAAGCAGCUGGGGGCGCAUGCGGUGGUCAAAGUGUCCAAUAAGAUGGAGGACGUUGAGGCGGAGGCCGAGAAGUUGCGGAGCGUCCUGGGCGGCAAGGUUGACGUCACCCUGGACUGUGCGGGGUUCACCAAGACCAUGCAGACCGCGCUCGCGGCGACCAAGUCGGGGGGGCGGGUGUGCCUGGUUGGGAUGGGCCACACGGAGAUGACCCUGCCCCUGACGCCGGCAGCCGCCAGGGAGGUGGACGUUGUGGGGGUGUUCCGGUACCGCAAUACGUAUCCCCUCUGCAUCGAGCUGCUCGAGUCCAAGCUGGUUGACGUGAAGCCCUUGAUCACCCACCGCUUUGGCUUCUCGGAUGCCGACGUCAAGAAAGCUUUUGACACCAGCGCAAAGGGGGGCGAGGCGAUCAAGGUCAUGUUCAACCUCUAAAGGGCCAAAUUACAAGGCUGUAGCGAGGCCGCACUUGCUGAUGGGGCGGAAGAAAAGUUUGCACGCUUUAAGACGAGAUCAUGGAUUGUACACUAGAAUCUUUCGCUUCCGCGUUGGGCGAGCACCGGUUCUUUUAAGGGUGUGAAAACUGCUGAUAAGCAAGGACGCAGUGUGUUGUGAUGCUAUCAGGUGUUUGAUGUUGCGUAUAAUGGAUUGCGACCUGGAGAUUGCUGGGAUCUGAGCGAGGACUUAAUAAAUCUGUGAAACUAUCAGGUGUUUGAAUGUUGAACGUCGGAUUGAGACUUAUUCGUGAUGAACUUAGGCCUUGUUGUGCAGCUAUAUCUGUGUAAAGCUGGAACUUGCAGAUUCACACAACCAUCAGAGUGCUGUAACGGGUCUCAUGCAGUUGAUGAGAGCGUUGGGUCUUCGGUCCCUCAAGCAAGACGACGAACUGAAACGUACUACGAUGCACG